GGAAGAUGAGCGGAGCUGGCCGGAGGCCGGCGGGGCGGGAGCGCGAAGGCAGAGGGGUGGGGACCCGGGGUGGGCUGCGCCCUUCCGGGCUGACCCGUUCCACACCCGCAGAAAGCAGACCCCGUCAGCUGGUUCACUCCCCUUUGAGGAGGAGGGAGCGGGAAAGGUAGCUAGCCCCUUUCUGCUGAAAACUCAAAGCAGGAGGGAGAUUGCGCCGUUCUGCCGCUUUGCCUCCUGCCCCGGGACCAUGCAUCCUUGCCUUGGCCUGCGCGGCCGCAGGCGGGGACUUGACUUCUGCAGCUGAGGGCUGAGACUCUGUGACUUUUCUUCUCCGGACAACCGAAUCAUGCCAUGUGCGCAGAGGAGCUGGCUUGCAAACCUCCCGGUGGUGGCUCAGCUCCUCAACUUCGGGGCACUCUGCUAUGGCAGACAGCCUCAGCCGGGCCCGGUUCGCUUCCCCGACCAGAGGCAAGAGCGUUUUCUGCAGGCCCUGCCAGAAUAUCACGUGGUAGCACCUGUCAGAGUAGAUUCUAGUGGGCACUUCCUGUCCUAUGGCUUGAACCUUCCUGUCACCAGCAGCAGGAGGAAAAGAGGAUUGGAUGGCUCGGAGGACCACGUGUACUAUAGAAUUUCACAUGAAGAGGAGGACCUGUUUUUCAACCUGACAGUCAAUCGAGGAUUUCUUUCCAAUAGCUACAUCGUGGAGAAGAGAUAUGGGAACCUUUCCCAUGUUAAGAUUGCUGCUUCCUCAGGCCCCCCUUGCCAUCUCAGGGGCACAGUUCAGCAGCAGAGCAUUGAAGUUGGGUAUGCAGUCCUCAGUGCCUGCCAUGGACUGAGUGGAUUUUUCCAUCUACCACAUGGAGACUUUUUCAUUGAGCCUGUUAAAAAGCAUCCACUCGCCACGGGAGGAUACCACCCACACAUCGUUUACAAGACCCAGAAGCAGAGAGUUGCAGAGACCAAGGAUCCAACCUGCGGACUGAAGGACAGUCUUGGCACCUCCAAGAAGCAGGAGCUUCAGAGAGAGAAGUGGGAGAGGAGCCACAACUUACCAAGCAGAAGCCUUUCUCGGCGUUCCAUCAGCAAGGAGAGAUGGGUGGAGACACUGGUGGUGGCUGACACGAAGAUGAUGGAGUAUCAUGGGAGUGAGAACGUGGAGUCCUACAUCCUCACCAUCAUGAACAUGGUCACUGGGUUGUUUCAUAACCCAAGCAUUGGAAAUGCAAUUCACAUUGUUGUGGUUCGGCUCAUUCUCCUUGAAGAAGAAGAGCAAGGGUUGAAAAUAGUUCACCAUGCAGAGAAGACACUGUCCAGUUUCUGCAAAUGGCAGAAGAGCAUCAAUCCUAAGAGUGACCUCAACCCUGUCCAUCAUGAUGUGGCUGUCCUUCUCACCAGAAAAGACAUCUGUGCUGGUGUCAAUCGUCCUUGUGAGACCCUGGGUUUGUCUCACCUGUCAGGAAUGUGCCAGCCUCACCGAAGUUGUAACAUCAAUGAGGACUCCGGGCUCCCCCUGGCUUUCACGAUUGCUCAUGAGCUGGGGCACAGCUUUGGCAUCCAGCAUGAUGGCAAAGAAAAUGACUGUGAGCCCAUGGGCAGACAUCCGUAUAUCAUGUCCCAUCAGCUCCAGUAUGAUCCCACCCCGCUGACCUGGUCCAAGUGCAGCAAAGAGUACAUCACCCGCUUCUUGGACCGAGGCUGGGGGUUCUGUCUUGAUGACGUCCCCAAAAAGAAAGGUUUGAAGUCCAAGGUCAUUGCCCCCGGAGUGAUUUAUGAUGUUCAUCACCAGUGCCAACUCCAGUAUGGCCCCAAUGCUACCUUCUGCCAGGAAGUAGAAAACGUUUGCCAGACACUGUGGUGCUCAGUGAAAGGUUUCUGUCGCUCUAAGCUGGAUGCUGCUGCAGAUGGGACCCGCUGUGGUGAGAAGAAGUGGUGCAUGGCUGGCAAGUGCAUCACAGUGGGGAAGAAACCAGAGAGCAUCCCUGGAGGCUGGGGCCUCUGGUCACCCUGGUCCCACUGCUCCAGGACGUGUGGGACUGGAGCCCAGAGUGCAGAGAGGCACUGCAACAACCCUGAACCGAAGUUUGGGGGAAAAUACUGUACUGGAGAAAGAAAACGUUAUCGCUUGUGCAACGUCCACCCCUGUCGCACGGAUGUGCCAACAUUCCGACAGAUGCAGUGUAGCGAAUUUGACACCAUCCCCUACAAGAAUGAAUUCUACCACUGGUUUCCUGUUUUCAAUGAAGCGAACCCUUGUGGGCUCUACUGCCGACCCAUAGAUGGCCAGUUUUCCGAAAAAAUGCUGGAUGCUGUCAUUGAUGGAACCCCUUGCUUUGAAGGUGGCAACAGCAGAAAUGUCUGUAUUAAUGGCAUGUGUAAGAUGGUCGGCUGUGACUAUGAGAUCGAUUCCAAUGCCACAGAGGACCGCUGUGGUGUGUGCCUGGGAGACGGCUCUGCUUGCCAGACUGUGAGGAAGAUAUUUACACAGAAAGAAGGAUCUGGUUAUGUGGACAUUGGUCUCAUUCCCAAAGGAGCAAGGGACAUAAGGGUAACGGAAGUCAAAGGAGCUGGGAACUUCCUGGCCAUCAGGAGUGAAGACCCCGAGAAAUAUUAUCUCAAUGGAGGAUUUAUUAUCCAGUGGAAUGGGAACUAUAAGCUGGCUGGGACCGUCUUUCAGUACGACAGGAAAGGGGACCUGGAGAAAUUGGUGGCCCCAGGCCCCACCAACGAGUCAGUGUGGCUCCAGCUCUUAUUCCAGGUGACUAACCCUGGUGUCAAGUAUGAGUACAUAAUCCAAAAAGAUGGUCUUGACAAUGACGUGGAGCAGCUGGUGUAUUUCUGGCAAUUUGGCCGCUGGACAGAGUGCAGCGUAACGUGUGGAACGGGCAUCCGUCGCCAGACUGCUCAUUGUGUGAAGAAGGGCCAAGGGAUGGUGAAAGCUACAUUCUGUAACCCGGAAACUCAGCCUAAUGGGAGACAGAAGAAGUGCUAUGAAAAGGAUUGUCCACCCAGGUGGUGGACAGGGGAGUGGGAAGCCUGUUCAAAAACAUGUGGACCUUACGGAGAGAAGAGGCGAACAGUGCUAUGCAUCCAGACCAUGGGCUCUGAUGAGCAAGCUCUCCCGGCGACAGACUGCCAGCACCUACUGAAGCCCAAGGCCCUCAGUUCCUGUAACAGAGAUAUCCUGUGCCCAUCAGACUGGACAGUGGGCAACUGGAGUGAGUGCUCUGUUUCCUGUGGUGGUGGAGUGAGGAUUCGCAGUGUCACUUGUGCCAAGAACCAAGGUGAACCAUGUGACAAGACAAAGAAACCAAAUAGCAGAGCUCUGUGCGGCCUUCAGCAAUGCCCAUCAAGUCGGCGAGUUCUGAAACCCAACAAAGCCACAAUUCCCAGUGGGAAAAAUCUACCAACAUCUGAGCAAGACCCCUUAAGCCCCACCCCUUCAUCCCAGCCCACACUGCUGGCCACACCCACAGUGCCUGAGACUCUGAGCACAAGCACUCAGGCAGUCAGCAGCCCCAGUCCCACCACAGCUUCCACAGAGGGAGACUUGGGUGGAGAAUGGUGGCAAAAUAGUUCAAGCCAUACGGAACUGGACUCCCACUAUCUCAUUCCUACUGGAAGCACUUCUCAGCCCAUCCUCACUUCCUGGGCUUUGGAUAUCCAGGCCAAUGAUGAAAAUGGUGCUAAUUCAGAUACCAGUCCUACCUCAGAUGGAGACAUAGUAGCUACAACAAGUGGUCUUGACUUGUCAUCUUCCAGCAGUCCUGGGACUUGGCAGAUAACUCCAUUCUACAACACCUUGACAAAAGAUCCAGAAAUGGAGAUUCACAGUGGCUCAGGGGAAGGCAGUGAAAAGGCUGAGAACAAAGAGGAAAGCAAUUCUGUAAUAUGGACCAAGAUCAGACUACCUGGAAAUGAUGAUCCGAUGGAAAGAAGUACAGAAAGCCCACUUGGACCUCCACCAACACCUCCUGAUGGUGAUGGGCCAUUGUGGUAUCCCUUCAGCACAGCGAUGGAAGGGUCACUACCUGGUCAAAGACCCAGUACCUUUACAGAUGGGACACCCAGGACUGAGGGAAUGAUUACUGAAAAGCCAAGUAACACUCCAUUCCCUGUUGAAGAAGAGCACCAGCCAACACCCUCAGAAAAGUCAGUAAAUCAUAACCACCUAGAACUUCCAAACAUGAAUCGAACACAAGGCUCUGGACCAGUUCUGACUGAGGAAGAUGCAACUAGUCUGAUUGCUGAAGGCUUUUUGCUGAAUGCCUCCAAUUACAAGCAGCUUGCUGAGGACCACAGCCCUGCAUACUGGAUCGUUGGAAACUGGAGUGAGUGCUCCACCACGUGCGGGUUGGGCGCCUACUGGAGAAGCGUGCAGUGCAGCACGCAGGUGGACACUGACUGUGCGGCCCUCCCGAAGCCCGACCCUGCGAAGAAAUGUCACCUCCGCCCGUGUGCCGGCUGGCUAGUGGGAAACUGGAGCAAGUGCUCCAGAAACUGCAGUGGGGGCUUUAAGAUCCGUGAGAUUCAGUGCGUGGACAGCUGGGACCAUCGCCGAAGCCUGAGGCCAUUUCACUGCCAGUUCCUGGCCGGCCUUCCUCCCCCGCUGAGCAUGAGCUGCAACCCAGAGCCCUGUGAAGAGUGGCGGGUGGAGCCCUGGAGCCAGUGUUCCAGGUCCUGUGGAGGUGGAGUUCAAGAGAGAGGGGUGUCUUGUCCAGGAGGCCUGUGUGACUGGACUAAAAGGCCCCUAUCCACUAUGCCCUGCAACAGGCAUGCUUGCUGUCACUGGGCCACUGGGAACUGGGACUUGUGCACUAUGUCCUGUGGAGGUGGCAUGCAGAAGAGGACUGUCCAUUGUGUCCCCUCAGAGAACAGUACAGCUGAAGACCAAGACCACUGCCUAUGUGAUCAUGAACCCAGACCUCCAGAAUUCCAAAAGUGCAACCAGCAAGCCUGCAAGAAGAGUGCCGAUUUACUUUGCACCAAGGACAGGCUGUCAACCAGUUUCUGCCAGACCCUAAAGACCAUGAAGAAAUGUUCCGUGCCCACUGUGAGGGCGCAGUGCUGUUUUUCAUGUCCCCAGACACACAUCAUCCACACCCAAAGGCAAAGAAGGCAACAGCUGCCCAGAAACCCCAAAGCACUGUAAGUCCGGAGCGAAGCCACCCUCGUCAUCCAGUGCAGCAGCUGCUGACCGUGACAUGCUUUAGCCCAUCAGGCUGCUUCACAAAAGUUUUCCUUUAUGCGUUUCGGGUCUCAACCAACUCCACGGUGUUCCUUUAGUCACAAAAUGUCCCUCACAGGAGGCCUGGGACUGUCAUCCUUGCUGCUCCCUGAUAAGAAGGGAAACUGUUCAGGAGAGUCCCACAUCAGCGGGAUCAGCUCCUGGGAAAGGUGCCAGAUUAGGCAGGUCUGUGAAAUGAUGCCUUCUCUCCUCCUUAUAGGUAAAAGCAAAGAGAUAAGAUUUUUCCCAGACUACCUCAGGAGUUUCAGGAAACAGAGCCUUAAUUACCCAGGGAACAAAUAUCUUUUUAAUUUACCUUGAUGAUACACCCUUUCCCACCUGCCUGGGGCAGCUGCUGUUUUAAGUGUCAUGGGAGAGUUUGAGAAACAUUCACUUAAUUCAUCCAGGCAGAGGACAACUUGCUUUACCCCAUAUUCCAUGACAACGGGAAGACAGAGAGUGCUGGUUACUCCUCUCAGUCCACCCCCGGGUUCCUGUGGGACUCCAAGGGGCCAUAGUUUGUAUGAAAUUCCAUGUGUAUGACCAGGCUUGCAGCCCUGAACUUCUAGACCAGUGCUAGAGAACCUUUUAGAGACAAGUUCUAAAACUGCGACCAGAACCCAGUUAUUUACCCCCAAAUGCCAACACUGCAACUGAACCUCACUACUGAAGUUUUAGUUUAUUAAAAACAGCUCAAGCGUUAACAUCCUUUGUUAUGACACAAGUGCCAUAGGUUCACCACCGCUGCUCUAGAAUUUAGACAAAGAGGAUGCAAACAUGGCUGUAGCCUAAGGCAUCUAGGCUACUUACACAGAAAAGCUUUUCCAAAACUCCAAAGGACAAUUCCUAUACAAAAUCUUAAUUAACAAGUGAAUAGAAAUCAAUUUCUAGGUAACAUCACAAAAGAAGCACGGACUUUUAUCUUUUCCACUUUCCUGGCACAGACUUACUCUUUCAAGAAGAAUGAAUAAGUUUUCCUGCCUGACACUCUCCCUCCUCCCCAUCCCUGCCUGAGCCAUGAGCUCAGCUCCCAUGACCCUCCUGGGGCAGGCAGUUUAUGCACAAGGAUGGCUGCAAGCAGGGCCAUGGCUGCCACCUGCUCUCACCUCCUGACAGUUGGAAACUGGAGCUCUGGGUUAAAACUCUUUUAAAAACCAGGUAAAUUGUACUAAGUACAAGAACUUCAUAUAGACUUAUAGCCUAAAGAGAGAGAGGGAAAAAAAAACUCUAAAAAGUGAGAUAAAAAUCAGCUAUGGUGGUACAUGCCUGUAAGGAUAGCAUCCAAGAAGCUGAGACAGGAGGAUUGCAAGUUCAAGGCUGGCCUGGACUAGAAAGUAACACCCUGUCUCCAGAACACACUAAAAAGUGAUAUAAAGAUUAUCAACUCCUGAGUGUACCCAUUAGCUAUAUUUAAAGGUCUUUUGCUGCUGGGGAUAUGCCUCCAUAGUACAGCUUAGGACUGGCAGUAGCAAAGUUCUGAGUUCAAUAGUUCUAAUACACACACACACACACACACAGAAUUGAAAAUACAGGUCAUUUACCUUGGGGAAAUCGGCAAGUUCAGAGAAUAUAAAACACUUAUUUACCUUAGAAAGUUAGAAUGCUUAUCUUGGAUGUUCAUACAUUCAUUAGCAGUAAAAAUAUACUAUGGUCUCAAAUUGGAAGCAAGUUCUCAGGUAAACUGAUUUCUAAGGGAGGUCCUCAUAUUAACUGUACUCAGUAAGACAGAGUGGUGGGAGAAGGGGUACAAGUCCCCAGGGGAAGACCUCAGAACCAGCUCUUGACAGAGGCGGGGAUAUGGCCUUCAUGGACUGGACCACAUGUUCUCAGACUCAUGCACGGAUACACUUAAUCUUCAGCAUGGAGCCCAGUGUCCCAUCUCUCCUUUAGUUGUCUAUCUGAUCAGCAGAAUGGUGCUAUUGACAAAUGGUGCUAAUAUUCAGGUGGUGGCAGAAUCAAUAUAAACAUACAGGAUUAGAUAGUGGCAUAAAUGGGUAAGUGUAUGUGAAACUCCACAUAGAUGUCCUCUGUUAAACGUGGAAUGGCGAUGCUGGGCAGUGCUAUUGCUUAGAAACCAUAAACAGCAUUUUUAUUAUAGGCUUUUUAUUUUUUUUCAAGCCAUUACCACAUAUUACUCUGAUAAAUUCUUGUGGAAAAUAAAAACACUGGGCUUGAGAUGAAAUUCAAAACAGACAAAAAAGAGGGGGAAAGUAGAAAGACUUGCCUAAGCCAAGGAUUUUAUUUCUAACACACACUCUUAUACUUUUUAUCUUUUAGUAUAAGCAUUGCUGGCCAGGGUUAUAGCUCAGCAGCACAGCGCCUACCUGGCAAGUGUGAGGUCACAAGUUUGAUUCCUGGUAUGAAAAAAAAAAAUACAAACAUUGUUGGCCAAUGACAAUCUCUAGGGAAAUAAUAGAUCUAGAAAGAGCACAGUUAAAUGGUUAGUGGCAUGAGUUGAAAAGAAUCUCAUUCUUUCCCAAGAGGCAACUGGCAAAGCUUGCUUCUGAAGGGUGUGAGCUUUCAGAGGGAUUAAUUUAGUAAGCCAGAUUGAUUUAACCUGGGACUAUAGUAUCGUGGGGUGAAACACAUAUUAACAGAGACCUGCAUAUAACCAGGCAUGCAAAACUCAGGAACAAACCUGGAUUCCUACUGAUCUCAACAAACUAAACUAGCAGAUUUCCCAGUACAUGAAAUGAACAUGUCAUUUAUGACCAAUGUGGUGAAAAAGAUGGUGAAUACACAUGGGGAGAAUCUGCCCAAAUGUUCUAUGCUAGGUCUCUCUCAAGCUUCUCAAGGGGCGAAUCAUACAUUAUGGACAUUCACUUCCUGUACGGAAGCUGCGUUGUAAGACAUUUGUGUGGGUAUUCCUUGGUGCUGCUUGCUAGAGGAGUCACCUGUCAACCACUUAGCUGUGAGUCAUCGGAGUUUCUGCAAAUCCUGCUACUUGCAAUAUUAGAGGAAGACAAGGACCUGGGAAGUGUCUUCAUUUCUUUGAUGUUCAUCAAGCAAACUUGGUGGGGUACGUCAUCCAGCUCUUCCUUCUUUCCACCUUGCAGGGGCAAGCGAGAAGUACAGCAGGAGACACUGGAUACAUGGCUAUCAUGAGCCAGAGAGGGCCACGAGAGGGCCUGGUGCUUAACUAUGUCAAGGCUCUUGGUUUACAUUACCAUUCACAGUGGUAGAGUUAGCGGUCCUCUAAAAUGCAGUGGGUUAAUUUAAUUCUUGAACAUCAAAACAUAAUUACAAAAAUAUAUACUAUGACAAAACAAUAUUCUAAGAAACUUAAUAGUAAAUACUUUUUUAAAUUAGAAAAUCAUUUCUGCUACAAAGAAUUGCUUCCAUGUGUAGGAAUGCUUUGCUUUGUGAUAGGUUUUCUUAAACAAGAACAUGGUUCCAUCCAGUCUCCUAAGACAGCCCAAACUGGCCCCCAGUGCGAUGUUUUCAGAGAUCCCGUGAGUGCUGUAAACAACCUUCAUCAAUCAUCUGAGACACAGUUUGAGAGAUUAUACUAUUGCAGACCAUAAUUGCCCAUUUAACUGACUAAAAUCCUCUAAACGCUAAAAAUUAUGCAUUGCUACUCCAAAGAAUACAGGCUUUAGCUUUUUCCUUUCUGACUUUUAGAUAAAGCUCUGGGAUAGAAUAUCUGGUGCUCAAUCCACAGUGAUUCACUUUCCAGGGAGAUACCACAUGAUACAGCCUUCCUGGUGCUACAUCUUAGCCAACAUACUUAAUGCUAUUCUUAUUGUUUAUAUUGCUACUUCAAGUAUUAUUAUUUUAAGUUAUGUUAUUAAAAAUAACGUGGUGGGGAAAACACAUCUACCUAUCAGUGUCCUCCUAAGUGGUUGUAUGACACACAUGGCCCAACCUACCGCCCUUCUAUGUCUCUGUGUUGCUUCACUAGCCCUUUCGCCCCAGUUUCCUUAAAGCCAGUCUGUAAUAGUAGCCUGCCUUUUUGUGACACCAAUAAAUGGCCAAACUCA